AUGAGAAAGGUUCGAGAUACUACGAAUUCUUGGAGGCAAAUCUACCUAAUAGAAUUGGCUCUCAACGCUGAUACUAUCACUGUAGACUAUGAUAUAUGGAGGCAACGACGAGUGAAGAGUCAAAUAACCCCACCGAUUCAUGAAGCUUGCCGGAAUCCGUUCUCAGAAGAAAUCCCAUCCGAGCUAGAAAUUGCAAGACAUGAAUUUGAACGUGAAAAAGCCAAAAUGUUGCGAGAUAUUAGUUUUCUCCAGGAGGAGAACUACCAGCUGAAGAUUGAUGUUAAAAUUGAAAAAUCCAGAACCGAAAAAGUCCAAAAAGAAGUUGAAGUUACGAGAAAGGAUUUAAGGGACCUUCAUUUGGAAAAUAAGAAAUUAAGAGGCACUAUAAGAAAUAGUGGAUUGGGCAAAGCAUCAGCAGAAUGGAAGGAGGAACUAAGUAAUAUCAAAGGUGGGAUGGAAUUCUGGAAAGCCAAAGCGAAGAAAGAAGAGGAAAGAGCUGCACGUGCUAUGAUAGAGUUGAGGAAGAAGAAAGUUGAAUACAAAACUGUGACUACAGAACUAACGGCUAGUCAGUCUGAGCAUCAAGAGCUAAAAGGGAAAAUCCAAAGUCUAGAAAGUACACUGCAAGCUCAUCAGCAACAUUUGGAUGACCUAUUGAGAGCUUUAGAAGAGAAAAAUAGUCAGCAUGACAGAGACAUUCGCACCUAUGAAAGAGCCCUCCAAGAAAAGGAUAUGCAUCUCGACAGUUUGAUUAAUGAAAUUCGUAAGGCGGCUGCGCAUGUAGUACAAUUAUCAGGUGAAGCGGAAGUUCUCAGUUGUCAAUACCCUCCUAGCCAAAGAUCAAGCAUAUCGGAGUUCCUGGAACGUAUAAAGAAACAAGGCGAUGUGGCUAAGAAGUUUGUGUAA